CCGUUGUGAAGGGUGGAAGGGUAUAACAAGAUGGCUCCGAGGAAGGCAGGUGUGAAAACUCGCGGCCGCACCAAGACACAGACCAAGACAAAAACAGCGAGAGGGGCAGCAGCGAAGGAGGUGAGGAAGAAAUACUACAAGUGUCCACAAUGUCGGUUCCAAACCAACGGCAGCAGGGCGCAUCUAACCCAGCACAUGCGGACCCACACUGGGGAGAAACCGUACAAGUGUGAGGAGUGCGACUACUCCUGCUCACAGAAAGGACGCAUCAAGCAGCACGUGAUCGCGGUGCACAGAGGGGAGAGACCCUACCAGUGUGACCGGUGCGCCUACUCAGCGGCACAGAAGGGGACAUUAAAGCAGCACAUCUCCGCCGUGCACGACAAGGUGAAGCCGUACAGGUGUGAGGUCUGCGGCUACUCCGCGGGGUUCAAGUGUAACCUGAGGCAGCACAUGCUGACCCACAGCGGGGAGAAACCCUACCGGUGCGACCAGUGCCCGUUCGCGGCUAACCAGAAGGCGCACCUGACGCAGCACGUGCAGGCUAAGCACCACGGGCAGAAGCCGUUCCAGUGUCCGCAGUGCGACUACGCCGCCGCGCACCGCAGCACGCUGACGUACCACCUGACUAAGCACUCCGGCAGGAAACCCUUCCGGUGCGACAUCUGCGGCUACUCCACGGCCGUCAAGAGCUGUCUAGCGGAGCACGCGCUCAUCCACACCGGGGAGAAACCCUACCAGUGCGGCGCCUGCGACUACGGCACCGUCAGUCUGUCCAAGCUGAAGCAGCACGUGGCGACCCACACAGGGGACAGACCCUACAAGUGUGGGCACUGCGCCUACACCGCCAUCCAGAUGGGCAACAUGAAGCGGCACAUCCUGGUGCAGCACACGCGCGUGCGGCCCUUCGUGUGCGAGCUGUGCGGCUAUUCCACCGCGCGCAAGGGCGACCUGAAGAAGCACAUCGCCACUCACGGAGUGAAACAGGAGCCCACACACCGCGUGGAGGUUAAAGAGGAGCCCACACACGGUCACACCGAGUUGUUGUGA